CUACUAGCCUUCGUAGCGUCAUCAUCUUAACGCUCAGUAAUUCAGCGUAUUAUCAACCGCCAGACUUUCCCAAUUGAUUAGUAUGCUUUUAGUUAGUGUUUUAUUUCCUCGGGUUUAAAGAUGAUUGACAUGAAAGGCUCUGUUUCACUAUGCAACCAAAAAGAAUAGGCGAUGAGGCUUUGUCUUUCUCUGUUAACCAUCAUGACCGAUGUUCAACAUUCUCCUCAAUGGUCGGCACAGUCGCCGCCAGUCGGAAGAUCGCCGUCGCCCUUGACAACGACCACAGCUGCUGCUACUACAAUCCCAGAGGAAGUGCUCAAUUCAUUGCGACGACAUUCCCUGUUCCAACGAUCCAAAAACCAACAAUUCCUAGAACGAAUUGCUUGUAGCAUGAAUAUUCGUACAUAUUCACCUCAUGACAUAAUCAUUGUUGAAGGCGAACAAGCCAAGGCCAUGUUUUUGCUGCUACGCGGCUCGGUGAAUGUGUGCUCCGCUGACUUUGAGCGAAUUUAUGCAACCUUGGAGGGAGGCGCCUGCUUUGGUGAAAUUGGUCUCUUGUAUGCCAUACCACGGACCGCAACAGUCAUGGCCGCUACACCCUGCACAGUCGCUGUCCUUACAGCCGAAGCUGUAUCGGCUAUAUUACCGGAUUACCCGGCUGUUGAACGCAUUUUGAGGUUUGAGGCCCAGGAACGCAUGUCCAUGUUGAAUAAGAGUAAAAAAGAAGCAGAGUGCAAUCGACGAAGUUCUGGUGCAGUGGAUUUUUUUGUCACUUCAAGCGCAUACAGUUUUUUGACAAAGGUGUCAUUCUUUAAGGACUGUCCCGAGGAUUUUCUUCAUCGAAUAUCACUGAAGAUGGAACCUAGAAGCUAUCGACCUAAUACGAUGAUACUUAAUAAGGGCGAUAUUGGUCAUGAAAUGUACUUUAUUGUUGACGGCACGCUCCAAAUUAUCAAUCGACGGGCAGAAGGGGCGGUGGCUAUUGCGAGGUUGGGCCCUGGUGACUUCUUUGGUGAAAUUGCCAUCCUUCUCGACGUACCACGGACGGCAAGCGUGCAAUCGAUUACACCAGUAGAAUUGUAUGUUUUGAGCAAAAAAGAUUGCUUACAAGUGUGCCACGACUAUCCAGACAUCACAAGCCAAUUUAAAACUCUGGCUGACAAGACACUCAGAACGAUUAAUGAGUUGAGCCUGAAAAUUGACUCGUUUGAGGAUCAGCAAGUGGAUACGGUCUCAGGCGGUGUCGUUUACGUACCAGUGGAAGAACAGGAUUAUGGUGCAUCGUUGGCCCCCAUCGACACUACAGCCAUAUGCAGCACAACGAGUGACCAAGACCCUACAUUGCCAACCAACGUCAACCGCCUACGCGACCGUGAAACGCGGCCACGAAGGCCAAGUAUUGCCGUUUGGUCAGAUCCAUCUCUUCUUGCUGCUACAUCACCAUCGAAACCGGCAACUUCGAAACGACGUUCUGUCACCAUUAUGGAAGAAACGUACGCAUUGGAAGCAGCAUCAGAAAGAGACAGAUUGACAGCAUUGGAUACAAGCAUCAUCGCGCGGAUUGCUACUCUACUAGAUUUUGCCAGCAUGGUUCGCUUCUCAUUGUCGUCCCGCAAAUUAUAUCGCACGCUUCACAAACAGCAUGUCCAGACACAACAGAUAGACCUGGGUAGCAGCAAUCGAUUAAUGACGGACGAAACGAUUGAGCUAUUGAUCGACAUGAUUGGCCCUCACGUUGAAUCAUUAUAUUUGACACACUGCUUCCACUUGACCGACCAAGCUAUCACAAUGAUUGCCCAAAAUGCUCCUCAUUUGAAGAAACUCGAUCUGAAUUCAUGUUGGUUGAUCACGGAUCGCAGUCUGGACGCCUUGCGACAUUUACGCUGGCUCGAUUUAUCAAACUGUCGCAAAAUAACAGACGCCGGCAUGCAACGAUUACUCGAAAACAACACCGAUUUGCAGCACUUGACAUUAUCCUACUGCAAGAACCUGACUGAUCAAACCAUGCUGUAUUUUACCAAAUACUGUACACGCAAUCUCGAAUACCUCAACCUGCAGCGGUGUACUAAGAUAACCGACCAAGGCUUUGUUUCCUGGCUCAUCAAAGCACCAAACUGCUUCACCGCCCUGCACACACUCAACCUGAGCGACUGCAGCUUCUUAACAGACAGGUCGAUUGCCCAUCUAGUGAUUGCAGCCCCGUAUUUGAAAGACGUGUCUGUCAGCUUUUGCUGUGCAUUGAGCGACUCGUCACUUGAAGAAUUGGCCAAGUUAGAGCAACUCGAAUCGCUAGACGCAAGUUAUUGUGGAUCGGCCGUAUCGGACGCAUCGAUUACUACUUUGCUGAAAGGAACAGCUAAAACUAUUCGUCGACUCAAUAUUCGUGGCUGUGUACGGAUCUCGGGUAUUGGCCUUAUCACAGGCAUGGAAUACGCAAAAUCAUUAGAGUAUGUGAAUAUCAGUCAGUGUCCUGGUAUCAGCCCUCAAGUACGCACUUGUAUGUCUGUUUCAGGGCAUAUCGACAGCUUCUUCCACUGAUUGAAUUAAUAAAUAUU